AUGGGAUCCGUUCUGGUCGAGGCGAUGGCGCAGGAAGGCAUGAGGGAACUUGGAGUCAAAAAGGUUCAUCCUUUCUUCUCCAAAGAACCUAUCGUUGACCCUGCACGCCACUCCGAACCCUCGGCCCAACCCCCUACAGCUCCGGACCACGAUGACCAGCACGACAGCGCUCAAUCGGAGUCAGACUCGCCAAACGGCCGGCGAAAGCGUCGAAAGCCGGACAGCUCUGUUGCACAAGAUGCUCCCGGUUCUAAGAGACCACGCCGAAAACGCCAAGGGGAAGGGCGACAAACAACCCUCGUUCCCAUGGAGCAGGCUGCAGAUAUAACUCCCGAACCUAACACCACCGACAUUCCGACUCCUCCACUAAGCGAUGCGCCUAUGAUUUCCGCCGAAGCCCCUUCACAGUCUGCCCUCGAAGCACCAGUCUCGACCUCGAACCCACCCGAUGCCGCAAAUAAAAAGGUUCUCAAAUGGAACCCGAAAACAGGGACACUUGGAUCACCACCCAAACCCAAGUCGAAAAUCCUUCCUUCCCGCAUAGUGUGCGUCAAGUAUGGCCGAGAUGAAGCGAGUCGAAAGGACAUGGGUGAUAAGAUCACUCAAAUCCUGGACGGCAAGACAUUAUUUUCUCCAAACUCCUCGAAGAGCCGAGCCAAGAAGCCAAAAGAAAGUGUUGUUAAGAAAGCACCUGGUCCGGCCAAAACUACGCAUCCUUUCUUCACCGGAAAGGCGAAACAGACACCCGCCACAAGCGAGAACCAUAAAACGGCUGAGGACCGGCCCUCUCGACAGACAGUCUUUAUGUCUACGCCAUUGUCCCCGAAGAAGACACGAAACCCUUUCACCCAUGACCAUCAGGUCCCACGAUUUGGUAUUAGAACUGGCACAACAAAGAUUCCUGGGGCCGUAUAUCCUCUCUGGCCUGCAAAGGGGAUGGCCCACGUUCGUGGACUUGAAUGUUCAGUUUGUUCUCAGACUGCCGCUCAGGACAACGCCGCCAAGAAGUCAAAGGGCUAUACAGUUACAGUUUCGCCUGACGAAUCUGUUCUGGGGGGCUUUUGCACCAGCAUGGAUCUCACUGCUCUCCGCAACUCGCUUCCUACAAAUGAUGACAACUUCGAGCCAGCACCAACAGAAUUACGAAUCCCGACGAGACAUUUUGAAAGUGGCCGUAAAGCUCAGAAGCGCAUCCGGUCAGAACUUCGGACAUUGCGACUUGCCGCUGCCGAGGAGGACGACGACGUAAUAGGACCUGGGGCUUCCAGUGCUCAACCGAAAAGAACACACCCAGCCAUUCUUAGACUAUAUGAAGGACUCGAGACCAAUCUUUCCGCAUAUGACAAGUCUGCAUGCGAAAGUCUGUCCUGGACACACAAGUACGCUCCAAGCACAGCGGCUGAAGUUCUCCAAGCUGGCAGGGAGGCUAUUCUCCUCAAAGAAUGGUUGCAAACACUCACGGUUCAGUCUGUCGGCACCGGCAGUGCUGACGCAGGAGGGGCAAAGGGAAAGGCAAAAUCGUCUGCUGCUCCCAAGAAGAAGAGAAAGAAGGAUAAGCUGGAUGGCUUUAUUAUCGACAGUGAAGAGGAAGCGAAUGAGAUGGACGAGGUAUCCGAAGAUGACGAUGACUGGGCGCCUGCUGGCUCAGGAUUCACGAAAAAGACGGUUAUCCGAAGCGGAGAUGCAGCUGCCAAGGGAGGAAAAGAUCAAGGACGUCUCACGAACGCGGUGGUGAUUAGCGGACCCCAUGGCAGCGGCAAGACAGCUGCCGUCUACGCUGUAGCCAAGGAGUUGGGUUUCGAGAUUUUCGAGAUCAACCCGGGAAGCAGGCGAAGCGGCAAGGAUAUUCUGGAGAAAGUUGGCGAUAUGACGCGCAACCAUCUCGUUCAACAUCACCGCGCCGACCCUACUACAGAGGCAGAAGAGGAUGAAGUGGCCAGAGACUUGAAGUCGGGGAAGCAGGGCAUGAUGACGGCCUUUUUCCAGCCCAAAGCAGCAGCCGCCUCGAAGAAGCCAACCAAGAAGUCUACCGAAGCGAAGUCAAUUGAAACAACCAAGGGAAGCCAGAGCCAGAAGCAGUCACUCAUCCUUUUAGAGGAGGUGGAUGUUCUCUACGAAGAGGAUAAGCAAUUCUGGGCGACUUUGGUGGGCAUGAUGGUACAAUCGAAGAGGCCAUUCAUCAUGACCUGCAACGACGAGAACAUGGUACCCCUCCAGACCCUCAACUUGCACGGCAUCUUCCGAUUCUCUCAUCCACCAACCGACCUGGCUAUCGAUCACUGCCUACUUGUUGCAGCAAAUGAGGGCCAUCUGCUAAAGCGCUCGGCCGUCGAGGCCCUAUACAAGUCUCGCAACAACGACUUGAGAGCUACCCUGGUAGAACUCAACUACUGGUGCCAGAUUAGUGUUGGAGAUCGCAAAGGUGGUUUCGACUGGUUCUAUCUCCGAUGGCCCAAGGGCUCUGACCGAGAUGAGAAUGGGGAUGUGGUUCGAGUCUUGAGUGAAGACACUUACCGCAAGGGCAUGGGAUGGAUCGGGCGUGAUCUCACUGCCACAUGCCUGGACCCAUUGGAGUCGGAAGAAGAGGUGAUGAAGCAGUGUUGGAACUCAUGGGCACUUGACAUGGGUGACUGGAACAGCAGCUUGCAUCUCCAAUCCUGGGCCGACGAUGUAACCAGGAACGCAUCAGAGCCCAGACAGAGACUUGACACUCUGGCGGCAUUCGACGAGUUUUACACUUCGAUGAGCGACGCGGAUCUUAUCUCGAGUGGCUCGCUAGGAACCAGAUUCCAGGAAGUGCUCGAUCCAGAACUACCCGAAAUUCCGACCAAGACGAGAGAUGAUUUCAUUGUGGGCCGUCGCCUCCUAGAGGCUGAUCCCAAGUCAACACCAUCUACGCCCAGCGUUGGCCUCUCGAUCUCUCUAAAAUCCCUAACCAGGCAGAGACUUUUCAACCUGUUUCCCACAACCGACGUAACAUCCUCCACCCUCAAGCCAUUGGCGGAGGAUCGCGCAGUCUCAGUUCUGGACGAGUCUUUCGAGAAUUGCACGACCCCUAUGACUCGGAUGGAUCUGGCGCUAGCGUUCGACCCGAUUGCUGUUAAUGAAAAGGCAGCGGCAUCCAGCCAUCUGGAUCCAUCAGUAUUUGAUCGCACCACAAAGCUCAUCGUGUUGGACAUUGCUCCAUGGGUGCGAGGCAUUGUGGAGUUUGACAACAAGCUCAUGCAGGAGAGACUCAAAUUGAGCAACCUCUUGAGUGAGGGUGGAAAGAGAAAGAGAAUGCGUACCACUCGCAGCGCAUACUCGGCUCUGGAAGGAGGUGAGAGGAGGACAACUCGACGGGAAAGAUACUUUGGCGAUUGUCUCAACACAGCAUUUGUGAGACGUACCGCCGGUGACACUUGGCAGGAGGCCGUGGAGGCCAUGAGACCAAAGGAGAGUGUGGAGAGCGCUCCAAGCAGUCCAUCGUCCCCUGGAUCAAGCUUGGCUUAACGAUGUUGAAUGCGGAGAAGAUGACGUAUACUAAACGUGCGAGUUUCACUUUGAACUCUAUGAUUGAAACAUAUAGGAACGGUUUGGGGUCAUUGCAAAGGCGUUGGUGGACAGCGCAUGACAAAGAGUUGAUUAGUUUGAAACGGCACAAUAUAUAAAUGUGUAUUUCUAAAGCAGCAACGUUUUAAAAGGAGUAAAAAUAACUAAAACCGUCAAAUCAUUGUCUCGUAUCGGAUAUCAAAAUUGCCAAGUAACGAAAGGUGCCAGCCCAGAUAAACAAUCUUAACCUCCCAAUAACUAACAAGAUCCCGUAACACAAAGAAACUCAUUUCAUUCAUUAUCCCAUCCGACGUAAAACGUAUCAAGUUUUAGAUUGACGCUCGCUGAAGCCACUUUUGUUCAUCAAGUCUCUCGCUCAGCGGGGAACAGCAACUGGUUGAGCCAUGGAAUGUCUCCUGCGCUCGGGUUCGUAGAAGCUCUCGCCGGGGUAGGGUUCAUCAGGAUAGGGCAGACGUCCCACACGGGGUUGCUCGUCCCGGGACAUCCGACGUAUCCUCUCUUCUUCAGCGGGGGAUAGUCUCUCGUAACUCUGAAGAGCGGCGGAGCGUCUCCGACCUGGGAAGGGUCCGAUCUCUUCGUAGUAGACAACAUCGCCGCCGUGACGUCUGGCGCGAUCGAUGGCACGCUCGGCAUCCGAAGCGCGGCGAUGGCGGUGGUGGUGCUCGUGACGGUCCGAGUGGCGGUGUUUCGGGUGAGGACGGGAUUCCCACUCUUCAGCGUCGCCGUAGAGAACGCCCUUUGGCCAAACUUUGUGGGCGAGGACCGUGGCGAGGCCGAUGCCGGCUAUGAGACCGGCGGAAGUUUUGAAGAGGCCGUGGUGAUGCUCGCUGUGUGAUGAUUUAUGAGACUGGCCGUGGCUGCUCUUGUGCUGGUUGCCAUGUUGACUGUCGUGUUGGCGAUGGUGGCUGUGGUUGGGACGGCGAGUGGGAGAGUAAGAGGAUGAACGAGAGCUAGAUUCUGACGAUCUUCUCACUCCCGACCUUGACCGAGAAACGCCACGGGUACUAGGAUGGAAGGACACAGGACGGGGGCGAGAAGUGGCUCUGCCUCUGGUAGCAGGGGGAGAUGAUGAUCUUGGCUUGCGGUUGCCAGUGCUUGGCCGCGAGAAUGAACGAGAGCGGUCCAUAACCUCUUC